AUGCCGAUGGAUAGUUUCAACAAGAAAGCUCUUGCUUUCAUGGAGAAGACGAAGAGAUCUCCAGGCUUCAUAUGCCGGAAAAUAUGGAAAGUGGGUCGAGAUGAUCCGAGAAGGGCAAUCCACGCUCUCAAAGUCGGGUUUUCAUUAACUUUAGUCUCUUUGUUAUACCUAAUGGAGCCAUUGUUCAAAGGGGUCGGUCAAAAUGCGAUUUGGGCUGUCAUGACUGUCGUCGUUGUGCUUGAAUUCACUGCUGGAGCGACCUUAUGCAAAGGAUUAAAUCGAGGAUUUGGGACGCUGUUAGCUGCGUCGUUAGCCUUCAUAUUCGAGUUUAUAGCUAGAGAAUACGGGAAGGUUUUUCGUGCUGUUUUUAUCGGAGCUUCGAUUUUUUUGAUUGGUACGUCGACUACAUUCUUGAGAUUUUUCCCUAAAAUAAAAAAGAAUUAUGAUUAUGGUGUAGUAAUAUUCCUGUUGACAUUUAACUUGAUCACUGUAUCAAGUUAUCGAGUGGAUGAUAUUCUGAAACUAGCCAAAGGGAGGACAUAUAUGAUCGGGAUCGGUUCCGGGAUUUGCAUUCUGAUGAGUCUUUUCAUCUUCCCGAAUUGGUCUGGAGAAGAUCUCCAUAAUAAUACCAUUACCAAAAUCGAAGGUUUAGCAAAAUCAAUCGAAGCUUGUGUCACUGAAUACUUCAAUGUGGAAGAACCAAAUUCAGACAUAGACGAGACGAUGGAGGAUCCGAUUUAUGAAAAUUAUAAGGCAGUUUUGGACUCGAAAUCGACAGAUGAAACCCUUGCACUCCAUGCAAGUUGGGAGCCGAGACACUCAGUGCACUGCCACAAAUUCCCGUGUCAACAAUAUGUAAAAUUAGGAGGUGUUCUUCGUCAUUUUGGAUAUGGGGUAGUCGCUCUUCAUGGAAGUCUACAAACCGAAAUACGGACUCCAAUAUCAAUUCGAUUGCUAUUCAAGGAUCCAUGCAUUCGCCUUGCUUCCGAAGUAACAAAAGCCCUAAUGGAACUCUCUGGAAGCAUAAGAAACCGGCGUCAAUGCUCGCCAGAAAAUAUCACGGAACAAAUCCACCAAGCACUGCAAGACCUCGACACUGCAUUAAAGUCCCAACCAAGGCUCUUUCUUGGCACAAACAGCCCUUACAAUACACCCAAAAUGCUAGCCAUGCUUACAACAACAGCAAAACAAAAGUUUGAACACCAUUUAUCGAACAUGAACACAGACUCAUCAAGUGAGAGAAAACCGAAGGGGGUUUCUGAUCAGACCGAAAAGAGGGUUUUAAGGCCAACAUUAAGCAAGCUUGCAAUCACGAGCUUGGAGUUUUCUGAAGCACUUCCGAUUGCGGCUUUUGUGGCCUUGUUGGUUGAAUUGGUGGCUAGACUUGAUUUUGUGAUUGAGGAAGUUGAAAAGUUGGGAAGGGUGGCUUGUUUUAAAGAGUUUAAACAUGCUGGUGAUGUGGUUGUAGAUGUUGAGAGGAGAAUGAAAACGGAGAUUAACGUUUCUAGCUUUGCAACGGGGGAGUGAAUUGCAGAGUAUGAUGGAUAUUAAUAAUUUUUGUAUGGUAUAAGAAUGUUGAGUGUUUGAGACCACCGAGGUAGUAAAAAAAAAAAAAAAACGUAGUUUUGAUCAUUUUUGGGUGGAUUGGUUAUGUAGACA